AUGAAAUCUCUCUUGAUCCUUUUGUUCUCCCUAGCCGUGGCUCAGGCCAUGAGAGAUCAAUCGAUUGCUGUCAAAGGACGUCUUCUUUGUGGUGACAAACCAGCUGGCAAUGUCAGAAUAAAGCUGUGGGAGGAAGAUUCUGGACCAGAUCCAGAUGAUCUUUUGGAGGCUGGAUAUACGGAUGCCGAAGGAAAUUUCCAGCUCUCCGGAGGAGAAGCUGAGUUGACUCCAAUCGAUCCAAUUUUCAAGGUCUAUCACGAUUGCGAUGACAAAUACUAUCCUGGUCACCGCAAAGUCAAGUUCCUGAUUCCGAAAUCUUAUAUCACUCAAGGAAAAAUUCCAAAGAAGACAUUCGAUCUUGGAAUUCUUAACCUUGAGACAAUCUUCCCGAAGGAAGAAAGAGAGAUGAUGAUCUCCAGAAAACGUCGUAAUCACAAAAAGUACCUUGCCAAUGAAGACAACUAUUAA